GUCUCCGAGGAGGAGCCCGGCUGCACUGUAUUGUUCCGCGCUGGGCUUCCCGGGUUCCUCCGCCCGUGCGCGCCCCGAGAGGCGUUGCGGGUCGGGCCGCCCGCGCCCCGCACCCGGACUCUCCUUCGGGUGGGAGUCUGGGGCCGUCUUCCCCGCCAACGCAGCCCUAGCCGGGGGAGAAGGAACCCCGUGCCCACCGUGCGGCGACCCUCCGCAGGAGACGGGCGCCCUUGCCCCCCCCCCCCCCCCCGUGUCUGCGGGCCCUCGGGGAUCCUCCGGGCUGCUCAGAGGACUCCGGGGCGCCCCUCUCCAGCGGACGCUGCUCCCACCCUGCACCUCUAUGGGGGGCAACGGAUCGGCCCUGAGGGUCUGCGCUGACCACCGCGGGGGCAUCAACUGGCUGAGCCUGAGCCCCGACGGGCAGCGCCUGCUGACGGGCAGCGAGGACGGCACUGCCCGGCUCUGGAGCACCGCGGACGGCCAGUGCUGCGCGAUCCUGCAAGGGCAUGAGAGCUACGUGACCUUCUGCCAGCUGGAGAACGCAGCCGCCUUCACGUGCAGCGCGGACAGCACCAUCCGCAGGUGGGACGUGCUGACCGGUCAGUGCCUGCAGGUGUACCGAGGUCACACGUCCAUUGUGAACAGGAUUCUGGUUGCCAACGACCUACUCUUCAGCAGCUCCUAUGACCGGACAGCUCGUGUUUGGGCCGUGGACAAAGGACAGGUGUCCCAGGAGCUCCGGGGCCACCGCAACUGUGUGCUCACUCUGGCUUACUUGACCCCUGAGGACCUGCCCAGCGCUCCAUGCUUGGAGGAGGCUGUGGCCGGUGGGCUUCUAGUGACGGGCAGCACGGAUGGCACGGCCAAGGUUUGGCAGGUGGCCAAUGGCCGCUGCCACCAGACGCUGCGCGGCCACACAGGUGCAGUGCUGUGCUUGGUGCUAGAUGUGCCCAGCCACACGGCCUUCACGGGCAGCACGGACGCCACCAUCCGUGCCUGGGACAUCCUGAGUGGGGAGCAGCUGCAGGUCUUCCGGGAGCACCAGGGUUCCAUCAUCUGUCUGGAGCUCGCGGACCAGCUGCUGUUCUCUGGCAGCGCCGACAGGACCGUCAAGUGCUGGCUGGCGGGCAGCGGGGAGCACGUGCGCACGUUUCCCGCCCACAGGCACAGCGUGAGCGCCCUCAGAUGCCACGCGGGCACCUUGUUCACAGGCAGCGGGGAUGCCUGCGCCCGGGCCUUCGAUGCCCAGUCGGGAGAGCUGCAGAGGGUUUUCCGAGGCCACACCUUUGUCAUCAACUGCCUCCAGGUACACGGCCAGGUCCUCUACACAGCAUCUCAUGAUGGCACGCUGCGCCUCUGGGACCUCCGCGGGCUCAGGUCCCCUCUGGCUCAGCCACGCAGGCCAGCAGCCAAGCGCAGCCUGUCACGCCUCUUCAGCAACAAGGUGGCCUGUGCGGACCCAGCACCCCUGCAGCCCACCUGAGCUGCCUGGGGAGGAGCCAGGGGAGGGGGGGACCUGUGGCCUGGCCUUUGUUUCUUCACGUUCAUGGACUAUUCCGAGCUUGGCACUGCUGCUGUGACCCCAUGGCGGGGCCAUGUGCCCACCCUUGGGGACCUUCCCCUUUCUGGAGGAAGGGGCUUCUUCUGCCCCACUCCCUAAGCCAAGGCCUUGCUUCCUGUCCCUCCUGGGACCCUCCCAACUCAGCGGCCUCUGCCUCCUCCAGUCCUGGAAGGGUCCUUCUUGUGGAGAGGAAAGGGGACUUUGUUUUAACAAAAUCAGUGGAUCCAGACUGUUACUUCUGGCAAGUCAUGUGCUGUGAGGACCCUCCCAGAGAACUCAAAUCCACGUCCCAAAAGUAUUGUCAUGUGUUAAACUACAAACCGAGUCCCAGCUUCCUUGUGGAGGCUGCCUGCCAAUCUCCUGCCCGGGCUCGGCCUCCCACAUCCUGCCUGAGCCAUCUCCUCUUGUGGCUGAGAUGAGGGGCUGCCACCAGGGUCACUCAUGUGAAGAAUCAGAGGCCAGGGGAGCAGAGAACCAGCUCUUCAACCUGUCUCAUUGGUAGACGGGACCCUUGCUUCAGAGCACCCACUUUCUUUGGGCACAAAUCUAGGGUGACCUCCUCUGUCAAGGUCUGGAGUAGAGGGGCUGGGCAGUGGCCACCUGGCUUUGUGCAGAGGCGCCAGCGCUCUGCCAGGUGUGGUGGAGGAGCACAACACGCACCCCAAGGGACAGCCCAGGCCCCGGGGGGACUGUAGAAGGGAAAGGGACUCAGGCGUCUCCCUCAAUACCCCUUUCCUCAUUCACAGGGGCGCUCUUUGGCCCACAGGUGGUGUCACUCUGCUUUCAGAGUGUCCUGGGCCAGAUCCCAGCUGGCCCCUGGUAUAGGAGGAGGCUGCAGACCACAGUGUCUGGCUUUAAGAGCUCCAUGUCUCAGUGGAGCAGCCUCAAGGCACAGCACCACACAGCCCUUCACCGCGGUUGUGCGCUGGCAAGAUCCACGCCCCGCAGCUCUCACUCGCUGUCUGGGAUGCUCAGGCCCAGGGGUGGGGUGGAAUGUCAUCCCCAUGGGCAGAAGGAUGGAUGCGGUGUUAGUUACAUUUUUUUUCCAAAUUUUAUUUUUGAGACAGAGAGAGAGGGAGAGAAAGGUCACACCAGGGCUUCUAGCCACUGCAAACGAAGUCCAGACAUGUGUACCAACUUGUGCAUGUGACUUACGUGGGAUCUGGAGAAUUGAAUCUGGGUCUGUAGGCUUCGAAGGCCAACACCGUAACAGCUAAGGUGUCUCUGCAGUCCAUUAGGCACAUUUCUGACUGCCGCCACUGGUAUCUGGCAAGAAGUCAAAGCCUGGCAUGGUGGCGCAGACCUUCUAUCUAACACUUGGCUUCCCCAGGCAGGCGGAUCAGGAAUUCAAGGCCAGCCUCAGCUCUGUAGCAAGUUCACAGCCAGCACAGACUACUACAUGUGACCCAGUCCACAAACAAACGAAGAGGAGCUUCAGGGCUUGGGAAGCCACGGUUAUGGCAGGGAAGCAAGAGGCACGGUGGGCAGCAGUGUGGCAGCAUGACACUGGCAGCUGCCCACAUCUCAGUGGAAUAGGAAACAGAGUCUGUUCCAUUCAGAAUGCGAGCUCCUAGCUGGCUCUCUCUUGUGCUGUUUUUUCAAGGUAGGGUCACAUUCUAGUCCAGGCUGACCUGGCAUUCACUUUGUAGACUCAGGGUGGCCUUGAAUUCAAACAAUCCUCCUACCUCUACCUCCUGAGUGCUGGGAUUAAAGGCGUGUGCCACCUCAAUUUCCAUCCUUUAUUUUAUUCCAUCCAGGAGCCUAGCCCAUGGGGUGGCAGGAAGACUCACUUCAAGAUGGGUCGUCACUCCUCAGUUAAUCCUCUCUGGAAACCCACUCAUAGACCCGCCCAGAGUUGUCUAAAUCCAGUCAAGUUGACACAGCACACACAUUUUCAAUGAUGCUCCAAGAAAUCUGUAAACCUUGGGAACCAGAAGUCCCAGGCCUCACCCCUCAGGAAGCCCUGCUGCUCACUGGCAGGCAGAGCCAGGCAGGAGAAUCACAACAAAGGGCCUUGUUUGUUAUUCGAGGCACAGUCUCACUCUGGCCCAGGCUGACCUGGAAUUCACUAUGUAGUCUCAGGGCGGCCUUAGACUCACAGUGAUCCUCCUACCUCUGCCUCCCUAGUGCUGGGGUUAAAGGCGUGCGCCACCACACCUGGCUUGAGACUUGUGUUCUUGUAUGGACCUGUGGUGGUGGGGGGGAGUCUGAAUCCUGCUGUAGAACCGUCACUAUGUAGUAGCUCCCAUAUGGAGCCAGAAUGGGGGCGUCUCACCAGACUGAAGUGAAGCAGGCAGAGACGCAGCCAGUCCCCAUGCGCACUCUCAGGCUGACGCUCCUGCUGCUCUGCCAGACAGGCGCCACCCCCACCAGGUGAUGCUCAGCCAGUGUCUCGGAUCCUUCUCGCCCACAGGAACAGCCGGCUGCGCUGUGCCUUCUCUAAGGAACCCACUAUAUUGCAACCCCCAUCUAGCACAACACGGUGGACUUUCAUUUCCAUAACACAGAAAACUUUGCUCAACGCUGAGAGUAUAAGGAUGCCCAGAUGUUCCUUCUCUGGUACCCACGACCUAAGAGACGUGGCAUGGACAAUACUGUUGGAUGCUCUGAACCAGACCUGGUGUCUUUUGACCACACCUCAGAAAAGAAAACAAAGCUGGGCGUGGUGGCUGGCACACGCCUUUAAUCCCAGCACUCGGGGACAGAGGUAGGAGGAUUGCUGUGAGUUUGAGGCCACUCUGAGACUACAUAGUGAAUUUCAGGACAGCCUUGGCUAGAGUGAGACCAUAGCUCAUAAAACAAAAACAAAACAAAAAGUGUGGCCAAUUGGUAGAAAGGAAAAUUUCUGCAGGACAGGAAAACAGUGUGGUGGUGUUACCAGGACAAGGCAAUUUGACAGGUGUGGCAGUUUGUGUCAAACGCUUACCACAGAUGCACGUGUUUAAGUACUGAAUCCCAGCUGCUGGUACUGUUCUGAAAGGCUGCAGAACUUUCAGGAGGUGGAGCCUUGCUGGAGGAAGGAGGUCAGUGGGGACCUGGCUUAGCUUGCUAUUCUUUUAUGUUUUUUAGUUUUUCAAGGUGGGGUCUCUAGCCCAGGCUGACCUGAAAUUCACUAUAUAGUCUCAGGGUGGCCUUGAACUCAAAGUGAUGCUCCUACCUCAGCCUCCUGAGUGCUGGAUUAAAGGCGUGUGUCACCAUGCCAUCUUAGCUUGCUAUUCUUGAUCUACUUCCCGCCGACAUGACAAUGUGAGCUGGCUUCCUGCUCCUGCUCUGAUAGACACUGCUGUCUGGAAGUGCACCAAAUUAACCCUUUUCCUCCCGUAAACUGCUUCUGGUCAGCUAUCUUGUCCCAGCAGUGAUGGGACACUGUUAUCGAUGUAUCAGCAAAGUGACUGAUGCAAGGACAAGGUCAGCAUCGGUGACACCAGGCCCAUCCCAGUACGUCGCUGCUGGCCUCACCACGCUCGUCACGCUCCACACAGCUCCGGGUCCCUCACCACUGGUUGUUCUACCACCUGCCAAUCAGGGCUCUGUAAUGGCACCCAGCAACACUUCCACCCUCUUCCUCUCCUUCACCCCAACACACCAUGUGGUGUCUAAAAUCAUUUCCUCCAGCCCAUGCACGUGUCCCAGGCCUAGAAGUUCUCCUCUGACUGCAAGGACAGCCGUUCCUCACAGGGUCCCAGUGGCCUCUAACUCUUCACUCUCAGCUCUCCCCGUGUCUGCUACCUCCCUCCCCACUCCAGGCCACAACAUCUCAGCUGCUAGUUCUUCUCAGCCACAGCCCAUGAUGGCACAGGCUUCCUGAGGUUCUGUGGUGGACAUGCGCAGUGAGGGCCUGGUGGGGUUGCAAAGCCGCUCUAGCCUUUCCCGUCAGCAUUGAAAGAGUAAGGAGGGGGCUGGAGAGAUGCUUUAGCAGUUAAGCACUUGCCUGUGAAGCCUAAGGACCCCGGUUCAAGGCUCGAUUCCUCAGGACCCACAUGAAGCCAGAUGCACAAUG